AUGUCGAGCACUAUAUUUUAUCGGUUUAGGUCUCAGAAGGAUACCUCGAGGGUGUUGUUUGAUGGGACUGGUAUUACUGUGUUUGAUUUGAAGAGGGAUAUCAUUCAGGAGAACAAGUUGGGGGAUGGAUCUGGGUUUCGGUUGCUGAUAUACAAUCCAGAUACGAUGGAGGAAUACGAAGAUGAUGCGGCAGUGAUUUCGCGGUCUAGUAUGGUUAUUGUGAAACGUUCUCCUGCAACGCAUGGAACUGCGGGUAAUGCUUCUAGGUAUGUGAUGGGUAAGCCCAGAGUGCUUACGAGGCCUGGUGGUGGGGGGUCUACUUUUGGAGGCGGAUAUGGAGGACCAUCUGGGAAUGUUAGUGGUAGUGGGAGUGGGAUGGGUAAUGGUGCGGGAGGUACAGAGGAAGAAAGGAUAGCUAGGAUGUUUGCUAACCAAGAAAAUCAGUGGCAGGAGACACAACAAGCGAUGUCUGUUGCCGUGCCUGUGUUUCGGUCGCAUGGAGGUGGUCCGGGUGGCGGGGGUGGGCAGCACCAUCAAGAUGAUGGUCCACCCCCACCAGGUUAUAUGUGUUAUAGGUGUGGUGGUAAGGACCAUUGGAUUAAGAACUGUCCAACGAAUUCAGAUCCCAAUUUUGAAGGUAAGAGGAUACGAAGAACUACCGGUAUUCCCAAGAAGUUUUUGAAGUCUGUUGAGAUUGACCCGAUGACGAUGACUCCAGAGGAGAUGGCAGAGAAGAAGAUUAUGGUAACCGAUGACGGUAAGUUUGUCGUGCAAGUUGCAGACCAGCAUUCAUGGGAGGACUAUCAGCGGAAGCAGCAGCAGCAGAAGAUCGCUGUGCGCGAACAAGAUGCUGUUUGGUUACCGAACCGUUUUAAAGAUCUACCCGCAGAGCUCAAGUGUCCACUUACUGGUGGGCUUAUACGUGGUCCUGUCAAGACUGAACGAUGUUGUAAGAAGGUAGUAUCAGAAGUACCCAUGGAGGAUGCUCUAUUGGAGAGUGACUUUGUAUGUCCCUUGUGCGGCGCUGGCGAUAUUUUGUUGGAUUCACUAGUGCCCGACGAGGCUACUUCGAAGCAAAUAGAACAGUUUCUCGAGACACAUAAGGCUAAACGGGCUGCAGAUAGUGCUAGUGGACCUGUAGCUAUCGAUAGUACAGUGGUAGGCACUGCUCCAGGAGCGGCUGCGGGCACUGCAGCUGCAACAGAACUUGGUAACGGUGAACAUGGUGGUGUUGGAGACGAACCCAGUAACAAGAAGGCCAAGAUUCCUUCUAUGCCUUUACCGCCCUUUGGCAUGCCGUUUAUGUUUCCAAUGCCAUUCAUGCCUCCAGUAUCAGGAACAAAAGACAACAGCAACACUACUAAAAACACUAGUACCAGCACCAGCAGCACCAAUACCAAUGCUAACACGAAUAGCAACAACAAUAGUAACAGUGAGAAUAACAAGAAUAACAAGAAUAGUAAGUCAUAA